UAGCUGGGAACAUACACGACUUAUCAUCUUACGCCCAUAAAUCUACUAGCCGUUGUUUUCAAAAUCAAUGAAAAAAAAAUACAAAAAAAAAAAACAAACUAUUUUGUCUUUAGAUUCUCUCUAUCUUCAAUUAAACAACCCCAAAAAUAAUUUGUAGAUAAUGAAAGAUAAAGAGAGCCUUUUUUUUUUCACUGAAUAGUUGAAUAGUUUCAUGGGGAGAAGUUCAUAGUUUCUCUGUUUUCUUUUGUUUGAAUCAUUUUGGGUAAUUUUCACUGAAAGAUUGGAUCUUUUUGAGAAUCAGUAUAAAGGGUUCUUGAUUUUGCAGGUUGAUGUUCGUCGUCUUUCUCUUUUCUUUUUGAAUCAUUUAGGUUAGUUUUACUGAAAGAUUAGAUCUUUUUGAUAAUCUGUAUAAAGGGUUCUUGCCAUGGAAAAUGUGCUUCGCAGAAAUGCAGGAUAAGACUGCGUAUAAUUGAUUGGGCCCCGUGCGUAACAUUAGCUUAGUACAUCGAACUUUCCUUUUUAGUAUAAAGGGUUCUUGAUUUUGCAGGUUUCUGUUCAUUGUAUCUUUCUUUUCUUUUUGAAUCAUUUGGGUUUUUUUCACUGAAAGAUUAGAUCUUUUUGAGAAUAAGUAUAAAGGUUUCUUGUUGUGGAAACAGUCUCUUGCAGAAAUGCACUGCGUAUAAUAGACCGAGCGGGCCCUUGCAUAAUAGGAAUUUAGUGCACUGGGCUGCUCUUUUAGUAUAAAGGGUUCUUGAUUUUGCAGGUUCAAGAUGGUUGGAUCAGAUGAGAAUUGCCAAGGUGUUAUCAGGCCUUCAAAUCAGCAAAGAGGAAUGGGGCAUAAUAGAAGGGCUCUAAGCACAAUAAAUGGGAACAUUGUUGAAGCUCCACAAUACCCUCGUAAAGUACACAAGAAAGAUAGCAGCAUCGACAAGAGUGUGGAUGGUGAUAAGAAUCCAAUUCAUCGACCAAUCACGAGUGUGGGGGAUUCUUGCUGCCGCAGGAAGUAUGCUGCACAAAUAGAUGGCAAGCAGCAACAACCAACACUCCAGGUAACAAAGCCGCCAGUCCAAAAAGCACCUAGUAGAAAUGAACUGGUAGAAGGUCCCAUCAUUAUCGAUGUAGAAGAUUACAAGGCCACAAGUGAUUACGUUGUGCCAAUGUCUGUGCAACACACAGAAGCAAUGAUGGAGGAAAUUGAUCGGAUGGAUGAAGAGAUAGAGAUGGAAGAUGUAGAAGAGACGUUAAUUGUGGACAUAGAUAGUGCUGAUAAAAAGGACACACUUGCAGUUGUGGAGUACAUUGAUGAUAUUCAUGCUUACUACAAGAAGAUUGAGAGUUCUAGCUCUGCCCCUCCAAACUAUAUGGAACAACAAUUCGAUAUCAAUGAGAGGAUGAGAGCUAUUCUCAUUGACUGGCUGAUUGAGGUACAUUACAAGUUUGAACUGAUGGAGGAGACUUUGUAUUUGACCAUAAAUCUUAUCGAUAGAUUCUUGGCAGUCCAGCCAGUGGUUAGGAAACAACUCCAGCUUGUUGGUGUAACUGCUAUGCUUCUAGCCUGCAAGUAUGAAGAAGUGUCAGUUCCUGUCGUUCAGGAUCUGGUUUUGAUUUCUGAUAAGGCUUACACCGAGAAAGAAGUACUUGAAAUGGAGAAGUUGAUGAUCAAUACCUUACAGUUCAAACUAUCAGUGCCUACGGCAUAUGUGUUUAUGAAGCGAUUUCUUAAAGCUGCGCAGUCUGAUAAGAAGGUGGAGCUUCUGUCUUUCUUCAUGACUGAACUAUGCCUCGUUGAGUAUGAAACACUUAGGUUCCCACCUUCAAUGCUAGCAGCUGCGGCGAUAUUUACUGCCCAAUGUACCCUAGGUGUGACAAAGGAGUGGACUAAAACUUGCGAGAAAUAUAGCAACUAUACUCGAGAUCAACUUCUGGAAUGUUCAAAACUGAUGGUUACUUUCCAUCAGAAGGCUGCAACUGGGAGGCUUACCGGUGUACACAGAAAGUAUAGCAUCUCUAAAUAUGGCUUUGUUGCAAAAUUCCCACCGGCUUCUUCUCUUUUAGAGACUAGGUUUUUUUAGCACAUGAUGUUACUGGAGAGCAACUGAUCAACAUAAGAUGCCUCGGACAAAACGUGUGUUUUGCCUCUUUUUUUGUGGUUACAUGGCUCUAUGUAAGGUCCAAGUACUUUUUUACAAAUUGUUGCUACUAUUUUGUGAAUCUAAAAUCUAUUUAGAUCCUUUUCUUA